AUGCCUGAAUUCAAAGAACGCCAACUUGUCACUGACCCUCAGAAGGCCUUUCAUUUUACCGACCUCCAAAGGCUAAAGCCCACACGCGAGAACGAUCCCUACGAGUACCAAGCAGGAUGGGGCAACCGUCAUCAGUCGGAGCUCAUCCCAGGAACUCUACCUGUAGCACAGAACAAUCCACAAGAAGUUCGUUUCGGUCUAUAUACUGAAGGGAUCACCUAUUCUGCAUUUGCCGCACCGCGACAUUCCAACUUUAGCACGUAUAUGUACCGCUGCAGGCCAGCGGCCGCUCACAAUGGUUACGUACCUAUCGAGACAAAAUCACACAUCGAGAACUGCUUCCUUUCAGCCAACCCAAAGGUCGAGACCCUGCCAGAGCAAGCGGAGUGGCAUCCUUUCCCCCUCCCCAAAGAUGAAGACAAGAUUGAUUUCGUAGAUGGUCUCCACACGCUGGCGGGUAGCGGCGACCCCAAUAUUAGGGAAGGCAUGGCUCUCUAUGUCUACAUGAUCAACUCUAGUAUGGAACGACGAGCGUUCUGCAACACGGAUGGAGACUUUCUCAUAUGCGCCCAGCUAGGCAGUCUCGACAUCGUAACGGAAAUGGGGAAGAUCUAUCUUCAACCUGGAGAGAUCUGCGUUAUACAACGAGGUAUCCGAUUUUGUCUGAACCUAGCCCCGGACACCAGAGUUGCGCGAGGCUACAUUACGGAAGUCUGGGGUUCCAUGUGGGUGCUCCCUGAUCUUGGUCCCCUGGGUGGACAUGGAUUGGCCAAUCCGCGCGACUUCCUAUACCCUGUCGCUGCUAUCGACGAUGAGCUCCACGUGGAUUGGCAGAUCGUAAACAAAACUAAUGGCCAACUCACUGCCAUUCAACAAGACCACAGCCCUUUCGAUCUCGUCGCAUGGCAUGGCAACGUCGUUCCCUACAAGUACGACCUCACCAAGUUCUCUUCGCAGAACAGCACCUCAAUCGAUCACACGGACCCCUCAAUCUUCUGCGUGCUUACUGCGCCAUCACGCGAUCCGGUGACCCCACUGGCAGACUUCUUAUGGUUCGGACCUCGAUGGGAUGUCGCAUCGAACACAUUCAGGUUGCCAUACUUCCACCGUAACUCCGCCUCGGAAUUCCUAGCCUGCUUGUAUGGCCAGGGUCUUGGUAGGAGCGAUGAAUUCCUCCCUGGUGGCGGUAGCUUCGAAGGAUGCCAUACUCCCCACGGCGGCUUUCAUGAGGGUUACCAGCAUGGCAUGAGAAUCCACGAGAAUGUUCCAGAGAAGAUUCUCACAGAUCAAUUGACCAUCAUGGUCGAGUCAAGUCGCUUGUUCCUCUGGACCGAAUAUGCUCGCAAGGGUUGCGGUACGAUCAGUACCGCAGGUACUGACUACAAGGUCUGGGAUGCACUACCAGACCGAUUCUCGGCCAACUCCAAGGCCAAAGAGUUGCUCGCCCGUCUCAAAGAAGACAAAAUUGCGGAAAAGAAGCGAUUGGCGCCCUACUACAUUGGCGGUUUCGCUCACGGUGCUAAUGCGAGCGACACUGAGGGAGUCCACUCAAAGGAGCUGAAACCAUAUCUCAACGGAACAAAUGGUGUCAGACACGACUCAUUGGACGGACAAGCUACGCUUCCAGCUGUGAACAUUGCUUAAUUUGCUUUCGGGGAAUCGGUUGACUCAAGCGCUUAUCGCAUAUCCAUCGGCAUUGCAAGUACGGACUACAUAUUCUAUAUCCUUUGACCAGCAAUACUAUUCAUUUCGGC